GUGCUCGCUCUGAGCUCCGUGCUCCUAAGCUAGUGCCACCGUUGUCUCCCUCCAGUCGCCAUCAUGAUCAUCUACCGGGACCUCAUCAGCCAUGAUGAGAUGUUCUCCGACAUCUACAAGAUCCGGGAGGUCGUGGACGGGCUGUGUCUGGAGGUGGAGGGGAAGAUGGUCAGUAGGACAGAGGGUAACAUUGAUGACUCGCUCAUUGGUGGAAAUGCCUCCGCUGAAGGCCCUGAGGGUGAAGGUACCCAAAGCACAGUAAUCACUGGUGUGGAUAUUGUCAUGAACCAUCACUUGCAGGAAACCAGCUUCACAAAAGAAGCCUACAAGAAGUACAUCAAAGAUUACAUGAAGUCAAUCAAAGGGAAGCUUGAAGAACAGAGACCAGAAAGAGUAAAACCUUUUAUGACAGGGGCUGCAGAACAAAUCAAGCAUAUCCUUGCUAAUUUCAAAAACUGUCAGUUCUUUAUUGGUGAAAACAUGAAUCCAGAUGGCAUGGUUGCUCUGCUGGACUACCGUGAGGAUGGUGUGACCCCAUGUAUGAUUUUCUUUAAGGAUGGUCUAGAAAUGGAAAAAUGUCAACGAAUUUGGCUGUUUGGAUCCCUUGCUCGUCGUAACUGGCUGGCUGCUGCUUUUCAUCCGCACAACACAAGGACUUAG